UUCCCUGAGGGCCGCUGGGGGGGCACUGUCGAGUGACUGAGCCCAGAGCUGCGCAGUCGGACUCAGACUGAGGCGCGAGCAGGCGAAGCCAGGCUUGCAGCACCGAGCAAAAAGCAGAGCCAGCAGCACAUCUCCUAGGACUCUGAGGAACCGCUCGGGAAAACGCCGCUGUGGUCCUGUCAUUUGACAGGGAGCUCCAGGACCAGCAGGAUGGGAUCAGCCUGUAUCAAAGUCACCAAAUACUUUCUCUUCCUCUUCAACUUGCUCUUCUUUAUCCUGGGCGCGGUGAUCCUGGGCUUCGGGGUGUGGAUCCUGGCAGACAGGAGCAGUUUCAUCUUUGUGCUACAGAACUCCUCCAGCUCGCUGAAUGUGGGGGCCUACGUCUUCAUUGGUGUGGGGGCUGUCACCAUGCUCAUGGGUUUCCUGGGCUGCGUGGGCGCCGUGAAUGAGGUCCGCUGCCUGCUGGGGCUGUACUUUGCCUUCCUCUUCCUGAUCCUCAUCACCCAGGUGGCCGCUGGCGUCCUUUUCUACUUCAACAUGGACAAGGUGAAGCAGGAAAUGGGCAGCAUUGUGAUCAAGCUCAUUCAGAACUACAAGGAUGAUCAGGAGGACAGACUGCAGGAAGGCUGGGACUACGUGCAGGCUCAGGGGCAAUGCUGUGGCUGGAUCAGCUUCUAUAACUGGACAGAGAACGCUGAGCUCAUGAAUCGCACCAACAUCACCUACCCCUGUUCUUGCGAGGAAAAGGCGGAAAAUGACAGCCACUUAGUGAGGAAGGGCUUCUGCCAGGCCCCGGAUGCCAACAGGACAGAGAGCAUCAACAGCCCUGAGGACUGGCCUGUGUACCGCGAGGGCUGCAUGGAGAAGGUGCAGAUGUGGCUGCAGGACAACCUGGGCGUCAUCCUAGGCGUGUGUGUGGGCGUCGCUGUCAUUGAGGUCCUGGGGAUGCUCCUGUCUAUCUGCUUGUGCCGGCACGUCCACUCCGAAGACUACAGCAAGGUCCCCAAGUACUAAGGCAGCUGCGCUCCCCGCCUCCCUGCCCGGGGCUCCUCCAGGCCCACCUCCCACCUCACUGCCAAGGCCCCCUGUCCAUCUUGUGCUGGCUGGAAGUGGAGGGCUUCCUGGAGCCUGGACCCCUUUCCCUGCCUUUCUGCCUUCAUCCUUCUGUGACUCCUCAGCUCACUGCCCACCAGGGUUCUCGGAGCAACUCAGAGAAAACGCUUCCCACAACAUGUCUGGCUUUCUCCCUGCCUUCAGGGCUGUAUAUAGUGUAUGUGGGAAAGUGUAUUAAAAACAAGGGGUGGGGGAUAAGGCACCCUGGGCUGUCAGGGGACUGCCCACUGCGUGGGUCAACAUUUUUUCCACUAUGAUACAUAUAUCUGUGGUUUUUACGUUUUCAUUAGAGGUUGUGGGAGAGGGUGGGCUUUACCUGACUUUAGGGGUGACACCCAUUCCCCAGGCCUGACCCAGCCCCGCCCAGGCAGCUCAGAUCGGCCUGGGCCACGAAGUAGAGGCAGGGCCUAGAUGAGCCAAGUCAAAGCCGGGGUCUGGCCAGGCCCUGGGCUGCUUAGGGAAUCAGAGAGGUGCGUCCUCGCGGUGUGACUCAGAGCUGACCCUGCAUUCACCAGGACCCUGAACUGUUCAGGAAAGUGGGGAGGAUGCUUUCUCCUCUCCUCUGUUCCCCGGGGAGUGGGUGGGUGAGGCUGUGCCUUGUCGGGGAGUGGGGAGGGGGCUCCAUGCACAGUUCUGUAAAGCAUACUCAAGAUUCGACGACUGACUAUUAAAGAGGA